AUGCCUCAACUAAACCCCGCCCCAUGGCUCGCCAUCCUAACCUUUUCCUGGCUCAUCUUCCUAACAGUAAUUCCUCCUAAAAUUCUAGCCCACUCUUUCCCUAAUGAACCUACCCCCCACAGCACAAAAGCUCCUAAAACUGAUCCCUGAAUGUGACCAUGGCAUUAA